CACCUCAUGUCAAUACCACAGUGCAUGUUAGCUUAAUUUCCCCUUACAAAUUUUAACCUACACUGCCGAAGCGCACUUUAGCCUCCCCGUCACCCAAAAAAAAAAAAAAAACCAUCUCUCUCUCUUCCACAAAACACAAUAACUCCCAAUUGGACUCUUCCUGCUCUCUCUUCAUUUUUUUUUUUUUAAAGUUAAUAAUCUCGAAUUAGGGUUUCUAUACGGACUCAGUACUGACUUCAUUCAUUACUUUUGUUUGGAUUGUGGGUUUCAAUGCCUGCUAAUUUCUUCCCCAAAUCGUGCCUCGAAAACCCUAGACUGUGCCAGACUGCUCCUUUUUGCGGGCGAUUUUGGCAUUUUAGUGAAGGAUUUGUAUGUUCGCUUCUUUUGCAAUCGCCUAAUAGUGUUUGAUUGAAGCUGCGGCGAUUCUUGAGAUGGCCCCAAGUCGUAGAAGAGGCGCCGGCAAAGCUGCCGCUGCCGCUGCCGCUGCCCGCCGCCAAUGGAAGGUUGGCGAUCUCGUUCUUGCUAAAGUUAAAGGCUUUCCUGCGUGGCCUGCCACGGUAAGUGAGCCGGAGAAAUGGGGCUAUGCGGCUGAUUGGAAGAAAGUGCUUGUUUACUUUUUUGGGACCCAGCAAAUAGCAUUCUGUAACCCUGCUGAUGUUGAAGCAUUUACUGAAGAGAAGAAACAAUCUCUUUUGGUGAAGCGUCAAGGAAAGGGUGCAGAUUUUGUUCGUGCAGUGCAGGAGAUUAUUGAGAGCUAUGAGAAGUUAAAGAAAUCAGACCAGGUUGACGAUCGCAAUUCUGGUGAAGAAAUUACUCUCGUAAAUGGAGGGCAUUCGAUGGAGUCAUCAGCUUACUUUGAGUUGAAGGGUCAGACAGAAACUUCUGAAGCAACUGUUACAGGUAGAGAUGAUCCUGGCCUUGCUGUGGAUGUGCCACAAAGUGGUACUUUGCAUGAUAAAGAGGACUCCACGGAGCAACCUGCUGAUAAUAUGGCAGUCCCAGUGAAGCCUGGUAUAGCUACUUACACUUCAAGAAAAAGAUCUCUAGGCUUAAGAUCCAGGAAGCAUGCUGCGCAGAAGAACGAUUCAUCAGUUGAAAGGUCUGGAAGCUUGCCACGGCUAGAAUCCUCUAGAUUUCAGAACUUCAUGUUACCUUCUAAUGAAGGGAGCAAGAGUGCUGGGGAUGCAUCAACGGAUGUUAUUUCGGACAGAGCCUUACGGAGGAACAAGAGAACCAGAAGAUCACCAGAUGCCUCUGAAUGGGAUGAUGUCGAUUCAUCUGCUUUUGUCUCAAAUGGAAGCAUCGAAGAUGAUGGUUCUGAAAUUGUAACGGUUGAUUCUGAUUCAUUGAGUCUGAAUGAAGGUAGCACUAUAGACAGUGCUUCUAAACCUGAGCAUUCUGAAACCUUUGUUGAGUGUUUGGAGGGAGAUGUUGAGUUGAGCAAAGGGCUUGAUUUUCAAAUAAAGGCUGUGUUUAUAAAGAAGAAAAGGAAACAAAACAGAAAGCGAGUUAGUAAUGAAGCAGCUGAACCACCUGCUAGAAGAUUGGAAACUGAGGUGUAUUUGGAUGCCGAAACUCAUUCUAGUAGCCAAAAUUUAAAAAAUGCUGGUGACAAUCUGAAUGAGAGGCAUAAUAAAGAAGAUGGAGAUGAACACUUGCCACUAGUGAAACGCGCUAGAGUUAGAAUGGGAAAAUUAUCAUCUCUGCAAGAGCAUGCGAGCUUUUCUCAAGAUGAAGAAAAAAUCUCCAAUGAAGUUGCAAUCAAUCCAACCGAGGUAAACAAUGGCUUAUGUCAAGUUGAAGAAAGAACGUUGAAUGAAGUUGCAGUCGCUACAUUGGAGCGGAUUGUCCCAUCAGAUAAUCUUAGUGAUGAUUGUUCAGCUGAUAAAGACUCAUUUUCUUUGAAGGGAGCUUUAGAUAUUGCAUCACCUCCAAAGGCCCAUGCACAGAUCCCAGUGAAUAGACCACAGAUUUUGAUAUUGAAGGAGAGCCAGUCAUUUGGCUGUACGGCAGAUGGUGAAGCAGCUUUACCUCCAUCGAAACGUCUUCAUCGGGCUCUAGAAGCCAUGUCAGCAAAUGCUGCUGAAGAAGGUCAUGCAUGUGCUGAGACAUCAAUCAAGAAAACAUCAAUGAAUGAUGGUUCCACCUUUUCGAUGAAGGGCUCCUCCGGCAUGGUAGUUGAAAGGAAAGAAAACAAUGGAUCAGGAGAGCAGAUUACAGAGGGUCUCAGUCAUGGGGCCUCUGCAUUCUCUUCCAGUUCGAACAGAGUCCUGGAGGAAUCUGUCAGAUCACCAUUAGAUCGAGAAAAUUGCAACGAACUGAUUGAAAGUUCCACUAGCCAAAGACAUCAUAAAGAUGCCUUGGCCUUGGGCUUUCAUAAUGGCCGAGAUGUUAAUGGAUCAUGUAUAGAAGGUCACGCCGAAGAUGCUGAGUUAAGGGUUGCUGGGGGUGAAAAUCGUGUUGAAGAUGUUAGUAUUUCCGAGAGUUCUCGCUUGAAUGCAAGUCUUAUUUCACUGGCUAAUGAAGGUACUAAAGGUACUUCUCUAAAUGGUUCGGAUGCGCUUCAGAAUACUGCUGAUGAUACUGCCUGUGAGAAUACUGAGACAUUGAGGACUCAAGUUGAUGACAACAGCCGAGAUAAUGGCAUGCGUGUGGAGGCAAAAGGAAAUUAUGAGCAAAGACGAAAGGAAUCUUGUUAUGCCUCUUCUUCUGAAGAUCAUUUGGGUGGACGGGAUGGCUUAGGAGUUGGGUCAAGUCCAGUUCCAGCUGAUGGAAUGGAAUCUCCUGCACAGACAUCUCCGCCCACCACCUCAAUAUGCCAUGUAUCUACAGCAGAAAGUGCUAACUUCAUUCAGAAUAGUGGAUGUUCCAGUCCCAAUCAUUCACAACAGAAAACAACUGUCUGUACAUCAGUUGUUGAUGAAGAAAAAAUUGAAUCAGUGGCACCUCAACGCCCAAAAUCUGUUGGCAAAUGGAGUAGUUAUGCAGAAGCACAUGCUGCAUUGUCAUCCUUUGAAGGAAUGCUUGGAUCAUUAACUAGAACAAAGGAGAGUAUUGGUCGAGCAACUCGCAUAGCCAUUGACUGUGCAAAGUUUGGCGUCUCUGCUAAGGUGGUGGAUAUUUUAGCCCGUACUUUGGAAAGUGAGUCAAAUUUACACCGAAGGGUGGAUUUAUUCUUUCUUGUGGAUUCUAUCACUCAGUGUUCUCGAGGUUUGAAAGGCGAUGUUGGUGGCAUAUACCCUUCAGCUAUUCAAGCAGUGUUACCACGUCUACUAUCAGCUGCUGCUCCUCCUGGAAGUUUUGCGCAGGAAAAUCGGAGGCAGUGUUUGAAGGUUUUGAGACUUUGGCUAGAGAGAAGGAUUCUUCCAGAACCUGUUGUUCGCCAUCACAUGCGGGAAAUUGAUUCACUAGGCGGUUCAUCUUCUGGCGGUGCCUAUUCUCGCCGUUCAGCAAGAACAGAGCGGCCUUUGGAUGAUCCUGUUAGAGACAUGGAGGGUAUGCUUGUUGACGAAUAUGGAAGCAAUUCAAGUUUUCAGCUUCCAGGAUUCUGUAUGCCCCGCAUGCUGAAGGAUGAAGAUGAAGGAAGUGAUUCUGAUGGAGAGAGUUUUGAGGCUGUCACUCCUGAACAUAAUUCUGAAACCCCAGAAGAACAUGAUAGUGCCCCUGCAAUUGAAAAGCACACACAUAUCCUGGAAGAUGUUGAUGGUGAACUUGAAAUGGAGGAUGUGGCUCCCUCUUGCGAAAUUGAAGCAAGCUCUGCUGGUGGUAUUGGUGGAGUCAAUGCUGUACAUAUUCCACAGAGUCAAUUAGAACAGCAUUUUUCAUUGCCCUUUGCCCCUCCUCUGCCUCAGGAUGUGCCACCAUCAUCACCACCAUUGCCCACAUCACCGCCUCCACCACCACCGCCACCACCUCCACCUGCCAUUCUCCCUUCAAGUGGAAUGCCUGACCCCUAUGUUAACGGUGUUGAUUCAAAGCUUUAUACAAAUUCACAUUACAUGCAUGACGACUUGAGAGAAACAGUGGCUCAGCCGCUGGCAGCACCAAGAAUCACCUCUUCAAUAACCGAUGGGGUGCAUUACCAUGCUACUGAAUGUAGGGAUCAGAUGCAGAUGCAGCUUUGCGAUUCAACAAGCUCUUUCAGCAGUUACCCUGCAUGCCCAGUGAACAAUGUCCAACACGCAGAUAGUCCUAAUUUUCAUCAUAAAGCUUAUGCUCCAAGGCCACCACAUCAUCCGCCUUCAAAUCAAUUCUCUUAUGUUCAGGCUGGUCAGCAUGUGAAGUCUCGGAGAGCAAGCCCACCUCCUUCCCACCACCACAGAUACCAAUCAUCUCAUAAUACUGAUGGGGGUAAUUAUUACAAUAACCACGAGAGAAUGAGACCAGCACCAUAUGAUGAGAGUUGGAGAUAUCCUCCACCCCCCUUUCCUGGCCCAAGGUAUCCUGACAAAUCGAGAGCAUCUUACCCACGAGGUCCAUAUGGUGGCCCCCCACGAGAGCCAACUAGAAUGCCGCAUCAAGGAUGGUCGUACCCUUCUCAGGAUAUGCAUCACAGGAACUUCAUGCCUUUUAGACCACCUUCUGAUGCAGUUCCAGUUUCUAAUAGAGGGCCAGGCAUUUGGCGGCCGAGAUGAGUAAAUAGUACUACAUAGCUGGAAUUGAAUCCCUUUUUUUUUUUUUAUCUGGCUUCUCGGCUUGUUUGAAGGAGAAGUCUAUCUGGGUCGGUUCUCAAUGCUCUUCACAGGAUAGUUCAUCAUACAGAGGAUUUGGCUCCCAAGAUGUCAUCACGUAUGCUUCAUUGGGUUGUAUAUAUGUAUUUUAUAGACUUUGCAAAUGCAGAGGGCUGCAAGACAGUCAUUGUGGAGUUCUGGGAGAGCUGUAACCUAACUCUAGGCUGUCAUGUAUCAAAUUUUCAAUUUUUCUUUUCUUUACCCUAGCAUAUUAUUAUUUGUUGAAAGGCCUCCUAGGAAUUCCAUCAAAAUUUUCGCAGGGCCAUUUGUUACAACUUUUAGCUUCUUUAAAUAGUCGGUCCUUUUUUGCUGUAAAAAUUUUCGUUUGAUCUAUAGUGGAAGAAUUUUUGGGCUCA